UUUCAGUUUAAAUUGAUCGUGAAAAAUCCAGAAAAACCUGUUGCAUCUGGACUUCAAGUUACAGCUUUUGUAGAAUAUUAUCCUGAGAGUGAAGAAGAUCUUGAAGACAGACUACUUCUUUUAGUAGAAGAUGACAUGGUUGAUAUCCCUGUGCUUGGAUUAAUUCCAUGUUGUUAUCUGGAAACUGAGUUGGAGAUUAAUUUUGGUACAGUGAUUGCAAACAGUAAAAUAAUUAGUAAAGAAAUUAGUAUUUCUAACCAUGGAUCAUCUUCAGGUACAUUUAAAAUAUCAUAUGAUGGGGUUGUCUUGCUUAACAUAGAACCUACCAGUGGAGUGGUAGAGCCGAAUUCUGUAAAGAUGGUUAAAGUGGAUAUCUGCACAGAUGUACCCAGAAUCAUCAAGGAAGUGAUAAAAGUGGAGUUGGAAGGUCAUGGCUGCACUGAAGUAUGGAUCAAAGCUGUUGUGGUUGAACAAGUUCUUAAAGUUCUAGGAGUGUCGUGUGGAAAUAUAUUGGAAUGCAUUAACUUUGGACCAGUUUACUUUGGAUCUUCAAAGACUGAACAAAUAUCUUUAUACAAUGAAAGUCCUGAGUGUGUGGACUGGGUAGCAGUGCUGCAAGACAAUGCCAUUGGAGGAGAGAUGGGGACAGAUCUUCAGAGGAGUGCAGAUGCCGCUUUACAAGACUUAAGCUUCAAAAAUAGAACAAGAGAUGUAGAUGCUUCCACCUUGAUCUUGUGCAUCCCUAAUCAAGGAACCUUGCUACCUUAUGAGAAAUCUUUGGUCACAUUGUGCUUUAGUCCAAAAAAAAUUAAAAGGGACUUUGGAGUGAAUGACUCAUCACAGAAACAAGAUUACGUACUAUUUCUGAGAUUUGAAACUGUUGGGAAUAAAAAUGGCUAUCUGCAAGCCCUCAGUGAUGGUGCCACAGCAAUCACAAUGAAUCAUCCUCGUCACAUGGAGUUAGCUUUGACAGGGUCUGGGCUUCCUGUCAUGUUAACUUUUAAUCCAGGACCAGUUAUUAAGUUUAUGGACUGUUUCCUGGGUGAACAACCACAAGUCCUGUGCACACUCAAAAAUGAAUCAGAAUACCUUUCAGUAACAUUCAGCUUCCGCAAGACUGCUCACUUUAAUAUUUCUCCUGAAAAAGGAAAAAUUAAAAAAAAAUCUGUAAAGGAUGUGAUAUUUUCAUUUUCUCCACAUCAAUUAGGAAUAUUUAAAGUGAAGCAAGUUGUGGAUAUCAUUGGUACAGGACUAGAGAAAAAUAAUUUACAGGUUUUGAAGACAAAAUCCUUUCACCAAAUAUAUUUGAGCUUUAUUGGUGUAUGCAAAUCUAAACGAAAAAAAAUUCUAUUCAAAAUUAAUCCUGGUAUAACACCAAUGAUUUCCAAUGCAACCGGACAGUUUGUAGCUGAUGGCACAGGACAGUGCACUGAUACAGCACCUGUGGCAAUACUUAAAUCAACCCACACACAAAUUCAUACUCAUUGGAUAAACAGGAACUGUGAGGAUGAUGCACUUAUAGCUUUUCCUAAUGACCGCGCAGCCAGCAUUAGACCUAGUGAAUGGAAUAAAAAGUACAGGACUAUUUUCACAAAGACUGAGAGAUAUAAUUAUAUAGAUCCAGAGUUUUCUUAUACUGACUGUGAACGACUGUCAAAAGAAGCACAUAAGGAAUACUACGCAGACUUCAUUUCUAGUUUAAGACAGCAUCGUUUACAGAAAGAUGCUGCUAGGCCGUUUUAUAUUUAUAAUAAUUCUGUGAACAUAGGCCUUAAACCAGCUGAAGGUCUUAUGUCACCAAAGAUCUCAAUCACAGAUUUUCACAAGGAGAAGCUACAGUUCAAAAUGCUUCCUUUAGAUGAGAAUUGCCUAUUAACUAGUCGAAAAUUGGCAGCAAUUGGUUCUAAAUCUUCAAUCAAAGAAAUUUGGAAUGGGCUUAGUGCUAUGCCAUCUUCUACCCAAGAGAAAGAAGACUGUAGUUUAACAUUGACAUCCAAGCAGCUUCAUCAAAUAUUCAUUGGUCCUUCUACUAUGGAUUUUGGUGAUGUUUGUGUGUAUUCUACAACAGCCAGAAAACUGCACAUCAUCAAUAACUUGUUAGUUCAUAUAUGGAUACAAAUUGAGAUUGAAAUUGAUGAAUUACAGCAGACGAGUCCAUUGUCUCAGGUGGUGCCUCCUCUUACAAAGACCCAUAUUCCUGUUGUAUUUGAGACAAGUACUCUUGGAAUGUUUAAAAGAUCUUUCACUUACACAAUAAACAACCAACACCUUGGGCAUGUGCUGGUAGUUGCAAAAGCAGUGUCUGUUGAACUUGAGCUGUCUGCAAGGGAAGUGAUUUUAAAUCCCAUUCCUGGCUACCUAGCAGAGACAGAAUUUAGAACAACUGUCAGGGUAUACAAUCCCAGAAACCAUCCUGCUGAGUUUACUUGGAAACCUAUAAUUACAGAAAGAGGAACUGCAUUUUCUAUACAACCAGCCAAAGGCUUUGUAGAGGCUUAUAGAGAUCUGGAGUGUGAAGUUGUUUGGCAUCCAGGAUUCAACUCUCCAGAAGCAGGAGAAUUCAACUUGUGUGUGCGUAAAGGAAACACAAUUAAGUUGAAAUGUUUUGCAAAGCUUGGUACUACUAAAGUUCAGUUUAUGGAACAAAGGAUACCCUUCAGUCAUAGUCCAAUGGGUUUAUCUACUUGUAAGACAGCCAUUCUUCAAAACAUAGGUUCCAAUCAUGCAUACUUCCAAGUUCUUGAUUCAAACCCGCUGCCUGGAAUGAUGAUCACCCCUUCUGAAGGAGUUGUACCUGUGGGAGGCCAUGCUGAUCUCAAAAUCUGUUUCACUCCGAAUGUAAAAAUGAGUUUUGAUACAAGAGUGGAG